AUGCCCUCCCGCUACACAGAACUCGACACCGACGAGGAGCGCCUGCCCGAAGGCAUGGUCCGCGUUGGCUAUGACGCCGACACCCAGGUCUACACCUUCCGCGACGCAGACGGCAGCCUCUGGGAGGGCCCGCCGGGCUCCCGCUACGGGCAUCUCACCAAGGUCGCCAACGCCCCCAAGCCCCCGUCUAACCUCGAGAACAUCGACGUCGAAGCCGGCGACGCCGACGCCCCGCCGCCCUACGACGAGAACGAGGCAGCACAACCAUUCCUCGACCACGCGACCGCACGCAGCAACCUGAGUCAGAGAUGGGCCGACGACGCCAUGAAGAGGCACUGGCGCGCCGAACUGAUGCCUCUGCUGAACUUCUUCUUCAUCCUGGCACUCUUCCUGAUGGGCGUCUUCUGGUUCCUCGGCUGGAUGGCCAAGUCUGAGCACAUGGCGCACUGCGGGCCCGGCAGCCACGGGCACCAGAUCCAGCGCGGCGAGACGUGCUGGAGCAUCGCCAAUAUGCACGGCAUCGACGUCGAGAAGCUUAAGGCGGCGAACGAGGGGAUCACUUGGGCAGGAUCCAUGGCGGUCAUAUCUUCCCGGACAAACCCCGAGAACACUACUAUUCUAGAGACGAGUGCCAGCCCCUCGGAACGCCCCGGCUUGCAGACCGCCCUGCCGAAGGGCGUGGUCAUGGGUCUGGCUAGACGGGCCCUGCCGGCAAGCCACCGUGAAGAGGCUUGA